GAUACGUGACGACUAUUAUCGAAGAUGCUAAAAUCUACGCCACUCACGCCAAAAAGUCGACGGUUGACGCUGACGACAUCAAGCUGGCGAUCCAGUGCCGCAUGGACCAGUCCUUCACCUCGCCGCCGCCGAGAGACUUCCUGCUGGAGGUGGCGCGGCAGAAGAACCUGACCCCCCUCCCGCUGAUCAAGCCGUACACCGGACCCCGCCUCCCCCCCGACAGAUACUGCCUCACUGCGCCCAACUACAGACUGAAGACCGUGCAGAAGAAGCUGACCUCCUCGGGGAGGAUCACAGUCCCUCGCCUCAGCAUCGGAGCCGUCUCCAGCCGGCCGA